GGACGCCCUUGCGCUAUGAGAUUCGCCCAUUUGGUACGACGAACUCACGCGGCCUUAGUCUCACGAAUGAGGUGAGACUAGAAAAAUAGGGGUGGUACUCGAAACCUGAAUACCAUGUACGUACACUAAGCCCGGAACGGGUGAUGUCGGACUAAUGACUUAUAUAUGUAUCACAUAUUUAUUUCGGGAUGAUUUCAACAUAUGGAUUAACAUAUAUGUUCAUGUACGUAUGUGAUGAAUGAUUCGACAAGUCUAACGCAAAGGUACAGACCUGGAAAUCAUCGGUCGAAACCUUACGGAUGAACGGGAGUGGAAACAACAUCGAAAUUCACCAACUUUGUCAAUCUCGUCACAAUUGGACAGCCUGCGGUAUUUUGGGCAUAUCUCCAUCGUUUCUUCACGGAAUCGCAAACCGUUUGAUUUUGCAGAUUCCUAAGAUGUAAGGCUAUAACUUUCGUAUAGAAAGUAUUUCGAGUUAACAGAUGUAAGAUAGCGUAAAUCGGACCUGAAGUCCAGGGAAAGUUGCUGUCCAGAAUUUCGGCUAUGUCGAUGAACACGACUCCGAUGAUUAACUCACUAAUUUCAACAUUCCAACGCCGAACCCUCUCUACGAUACCUUCCGGAUGUUCAUAAUAAUUUUUAGAGAGUUUAUGGUAGGUAUGGAAUGAAACAAUAUGAAUUUGGUGAAGAAACGCAUGCCAACCCGAGGAGCUCGCCACCACUGGCGCAGUCCCGGUAUUUUGGCCAUAUCUUCUUCGUUACUCAACGAAAUCGCGAGCCGUUUGUUGGGCUGGAUUUGUAUCGUCCGGGGCUACAACUUUGGUUCAAGAAGUAUUUCGAGAUAAUGGGUGGAAAAUUUCAGUUUUUACCUCAAAGUGGACUGAUGUGUUUUGGACUCAAGGUUAGGAAACUUUGGAUGGUUUCUUGCUUGCUUCUUCUUCUUCCUUGAGCCAACUAUGGAGGAGGAGUUGUGUUUUCUUCUCUCCUUGAAGCUGCCGACAGAGAGAGAAUGGAGAGGGAUGGAUGGAUGAAUGAAUGAUGGUGGAUGAUGGUUAUGAGAGUGGAAGAUAAUGAUGAUAUUGAGUGGUGGAGUAUUAUAUGGGAUAGCUUGGAUUGUUGUGGUGUAGUGGGCUUCUUAGGUGGAUGGUUGAAACAAGAGGGAUGCUAAGGAGAUUUGGAAGAGAUUUGAGAAUUGAGUUUUGGCUUUUAGCCAAAACUGAACAAUUUACUUUAAACGCACAAGGAAGGGAGAUCAGAAGCUCAAAAGCCACCAAACCAGGCAACAAUACAGGGAAGCCCUCGGUUAAACUCUUCACUUCUCUUACUACUAAAGCCUUUUUUACUGAUAUUGUGAAGAAAUCAAUUAUAAUGCAAAGGAAUCUUGAUGUGCCUGACUUUAGCAAGAAAACAAAUUUUCUGCCCAUACUCCAUUCAAAAAAGUUGUUCAAAUCUGUUACUCUACCUGGUUCAUUUGUGAAACGAGUAAUUCAAGAGUUUUACAGCAACUUAUCUGAGUCAUGUGUUGAUGUUGAUGAUCCCUCUUACCAUAAAGUUUUUGUUCAAGGAAAGCUCUAUGAUUUCUCACCCGCUGUAAUCAACAAUUUUCUUGGCACUCCUUCAAAUCCUGCAAUUACACCUAUUGCUGAAGAAACUGUGUGGAAUGAUCUUACCAAUGGCCUUAGGGAUUACCAGCAUGGGAAAACCAAAGUACCAUCCUCUGUACUCAAAAGCUCCUAUGCCCUACUUCUCAGAAUUGCUGCCUUCCACUGGCUGCCCACCACACACACUAACACAGUUCCCCUCUGCAUGGCCACUCUACUUUAUAGAAUCAAAAAUCAUGCUCCACUUGAUUUGGGAAGGACUGUGUAUGACCAGGUGAUGACUUUUGCAGCUGCCAAAUUCAAGAAAAACAAGAAUGGCCUUCCAUACCCUUUGCUAGUCUACAGCAUUCUGAGGGAUCAAGGUUUUGAGAAGGAGGAAAAUGAAGAGGAAGAACCCAUACUCUCCUUGUUGCAGGUUGAUAGUAGGCACUUGGAAGGAAGCCACUUCAAUGACAUGGUAGAUACUAGAGCAUCUGGAGGCACAGCCCAGGAUCCCUUCUCUGUUGAUCUACAGCUCAGUUUUCUGGACAAGGAGAUUAAAGCACUCCAGAUGGAUGCGGAUUAUCACCAAGAAAUUGCUCAGAGGUCCACAGAAAGGAGGAACAUGCUCAUCCAUAUUGCCCACACCUUGAGACAAACAAGGGGUGCACAGAGACAGGGGGAGAGCCUGACCAAGCACAGAGCAGCUGCUGCACGUCCAGAUUCAGAGGAAGAAAGCCUAGGAGACAGUGAAGAGGAGUCUUUAUCAUCAGAAUCAGAGGGGGCCACUCAGGAUUCAGCAGAAGAUGACAGCUCAGAGGAGUAAACAUUGUAUAACUGUAGAUUCAGUUCUUCUAAAACACUUUUUUUUGUGGGAAGGGUUGUUCUGCCCUGUUUCUUAUGCUAAAACAUUGCAUGUUUGCUUUUUGUUUGGGAUGAUUUGCAACCUUGCCUGAUGGAGAACUGGUUUAAU